UUUUUUAUUCAUACAAUGGCCGAGUUUUUAGCUACGUCUUCACUUUGGAAAUAUUAUUUUAUACUCAGGUUUAUAUAUUUAUUCUAUUUGAAAAAUUAUUUGAAUGAAUGAUUGUAAUUCCUUUUAUAAAAGCUGUAAAGUCUACCAAUUUCGUUGCUCAAGAUGACGUUUAUAUCACCCACGAGGAUGCUGCAGCAAAUCUGGCCCAAGAUGAUGAGAUUAUUGCUCAAGAUGAGUCGAAAAUCAACGGUGCUGGGUUGACUGUCAAUCUUACAAAAUUGAGCAAAAAUUUGACAAAAGAGAUACAUGAUGUGCAUGGAAUCCAAACAUUGAAAUCGAGGGAAAUUUGGUCGCCAUCGUCCAUUGAAGCACCCUUUCGGCUUCUUUCAAAUAUCGAAAUACCACAUAAUGGAAAUCAGAGUAGUGGAGCAUCUCGCGGUACGAUAACGCUGAUUUGUCUGAAGGAUGGUGUUUACUCCGCCUUGACAUGCGCACAUAUUGCUUGUGCCACUGACCACCAGCAAACACUUCUUGACGGAGAGCGACUGGUAUCAAUCAGCAACGCUGUACAAACCUUGAAUAAACACGAUGAAAACAAGUAUAUGUACACACCGUCUAAGAGUGACUGUAAAGCAGAAAUUGGAUCUUCUCAUCGACACACCUUUGCUCAGUUUGAUAGUGAAACAGACAUCAUGUCUAUCAAUAUUGGCAAGCAAGAAGAUUUCAAGAAACUUAUUGGUGAUGAAAUGGAAGAUGUUGUGUUGAACUUGGAUGAUGCAAAUGAAGAACUUCAACGAAGGGUUGAAGACAAGAAGGAGACUGUUAAAGUUCGCACAGCCACUGGUGUUGAGGGCUCCAUCAGUGAAUUGAAUUAUGAGUAUUGGUGUAAAAAUUCCACACGUCGCAUUUUCCAGAAUGCCAUCAAGAUAAAAAGUUGUCAAACAUUUCUUGAUUCCGGUGAUUCUGGUACUCUUGUUUGGUUUUUGGAUGAAAAAAAAAAUUGGCAACCGUUUGCGUAUGGAGUUUGCGAAAUAUGUGAUGAUGGUGACAGCGGUUCAGAAAAAAGUUACAUUUGCCUGAAGUUGAACCACGGCUUAAAAACUCUUGGUCUUCAAAAUGGUCAAUUUUUUAUACUUCGGGACAAUGGUCUCAGUCUAUCCAACAGUGCUAAAAGCGGCGAUGGUGAAGGAGGUGCAGCUAACAAAAGUAAGAUGUUUUGA